ACAGAGUCUAUGUGAAGUUAUAUCAACGGGUAGUUAAGAUGUUUAUGGUGUUUUGACCCAACGUGUUUAUUGGUUCAGAUUCAUAUGGUUAUUGGGCUAAAUUGUGCUUGUUGGUUCUUCUUUCCUUGAAUCUAGGUUCAUCAUAGAUCAAUCUGCCAAUAUUCUCUUUAUUAAUUGAUUGUUUAGUGAAAUGUUAGAAAAUAAUGACAUUUCCAAUUCCUCAGAGCCCAAGUUCAUGUCUCCAUUGUGCUUGUCUUGUGCUACAGUACUCAGUGAAGUAACAAUUUGUGGCACUUUACUUGAAUACUUUAAACUUCUACUAAACUACAACUCAGAGGUAAAUAUUGUGCUUUUUACGCCACUAUAUGUAUUCCACAGAUUCAUGUUGAUAACAUGAAAUAAUUCAACAAAUAAAAUAUGAAUUAUUAAGACAAGAGAAGAUAUGAUUGGUCCCUGGGGACGAUGGACAAGUUACUGUUUCAUUGGAAGGAUGAACACAUGAAUGCAUCAAUAAUCAUAAUACAAUAAUACAACAUAUAUCAUUCUGCAUAGUGAGUACUUUUACCUUUGGUACUUUCUUUUGAUUCUAAUACUUUUGCACUGUUACUAGAAUUGAAUGCAGGACUUUAAUAUCUACACGGUGGUAGUACUACUUGUAUUACUACUAUAUCUGUGUACUUCUACCACCACUCAGUGAGUCACCAGACAAAGGAUUGUUACAUCAAUGGAAUAUUAUAAAUGAAUCGAUGUUCAAUCAGCGUUUGAAGAGCAGCUCUUUGAACUAUUUUAUGUUUUCAUAAAGUAUUUUCUAACUAAAGCUGUCAGAUAAAUGUAGUAGAGUAAAAAGUAUAAAUGCAAAGUACAAGUACUAGUAUAGUUACACGCAGGACACUUGAGUGAAUCCUAUUAACUCUGUUCAGGAUCAAUAACCUGCAGGCGUGUCUCUCCCGGUCCUCCCGUCGGAUGAAUGCUCCCUCAGCUCUUUCAUCUCACACCGGUUCGGUCACGCUCACAGUGGAUCAGCUGUGGGCGGCCGAGCACGUGCGUGACUCUCCCAAAGUGAAGUCAUGAUGCGAUUCACCGGACCACUGGCUCCGGCUCUCCGCUCAGGUUCGGUGCUGAUGAGGCAUCAAGCCGAACUAACCUGCGUUUUCACUGGAAUGAACCCAAACAACCUGCACAGCUCAGCAGAACACCACCUCUGAGUCCGGAGACCUUCUGUCACAGCCUCGAGACGCUCAUGAAUAAAUCAUGUUCUAAUAACACUCCUAAAAUAUCCACAUACUUUAUGUGAGCAGUGUUCACAGGGUAACACAGAUUGUACUUUUGGGCGUUAACCGUGUCAACAUCACAGGAUCAUAAGGUGUACAAGUACAAGUACUUAGAAGUACUCUGCCACCAGUUAUCUUACAGCUUUAGUUACUAAGUAUUAGGAUUAAUACAUCAGUCACGUUUUUACGGUGUUGUAUCGGUACUUUUAUUUUCAUUCAUUGAUGUUUUUCAUUGUAUUCAUCUCAUGAGUGUUUUAGACCUUCUUCGUCCCUUUACUUGUACUAUAAAAAUUGGAGCUCUUAUUUUGAAGGUGUAAUGCCGGAAACAGUCACAGGUGGAUUGUUAGCAUGGUGACAUGUCUCUUCAAAACAUUUCUAAUAUUAGUGUGUGUUUAUCACCUGGAGGAUGAAGGAGGCCUCUUCCCCACCGGAUCCCAUGAGUACGAGGUGUUUCGCUUCGCUCUGGCCCAGCAGCAGGACGUCCCCAAACUGGUUCCACAGGUGGACAUGGUGGACCCAGGAAGCAGCUUCUCCAUGACCUACGCCUUCUGCUCUCAGUUCUCGAAGGGCGUGUACGCCAUCAUGGGUCUGUACGACCGGCGGACGGUCAACAUGCUGAUGUCUUUCUGCGGCUCCCUGCACGUCUGCUUCGUCACGCCGUCCUUCCCAGUUCAGACCAACAACCAGUUCGUCCUGCAGCUGCGGCCCCAGCUGCAGGAGCCCGUCAUGGCCCUGCUGGAGCACUUCUACUGGACCAGGUUCGUCUACAUGUACAGCGCCGACUCAGGUGAGGACGCAGCGUUUGUCGCACAGCGUGUAUCACAGUUAUGAUUAAAGUUAUUUAGAAUAACUGUUAGUCUGUCACUGAAGGAGGUAAUACAAUGGUGACUGAGCCUCUGAUGGAAGGGUUGAAAUAUUACAGAAAGACAUUUUGUGCAGAGUUCAUCGGUCUGGAUUCUUUGAUAUUAAAUGCUAACGUGCUAUUUUAAAUAAAAUAUAAAACAUAAAAAUGGAAUACAACAUUUCUUUUGCCAGUUCAUAAUACUUUAAAUAUAUAAGUGUUGCAGUAUGUUCAUCAGUGGGUCAUACACUCGAUCACUAUUGUGUUACAGAGAUUUAUUAAGAGCAGUCUUAGUUCCUCUCCGUACGUUCUCCAGUGAGAGGAUAAAGCUACUACGAGGAGCCUUCAUAGUGUUGGUUCUGGCGCCCCCUGUGGACUACAGUGGUAGUGAGUCCCUUUAGAA